GGACCGGACAGAGAUGGUUGUGUGCACGAGUCGGGCGUGAAAAGAAAGACGAAGAAGAAGAAGAAGAAGAAGAAGAAGAAGAAGAAGAAGAAACAACCGACAGCGGCCGACGCGUCUUUUUCCUCUUCUCUGAGAGGAAGUGGCAACACAACAGAAGAAGAGAAAAAAAAAAAGGAAAAAAAAGGCAGCAGCUGAUUUCAUCGUUUUUUCCCCCCGUCUUCUUUCUUCUUCUCUUCUCCUGGAGCCUCGCGCCGCCGCGGAGCAAUGGAAGAGUGUGUCGCGCUCCUCUUCCUCCUCUGCUGAGCGACCGGACACUCGGAGCCUCGAGCGGAUCUUCCCCGCAUGAGUGGAAACGACGCAUAGUCCGGUCCUGCACAGGCUGCUGCUGGCUUUCUGCUUCUCUCUCUCCCUCUCCCCCCCCCCUCUCUCUCUCUCUCUCUCUCUCUCUCUCUCUCCAUUUUUCACGGCGGAGAAGCGGCAGCGGGAACCCAUCGGGAGAAUUAACAGGUGACGGCUCGGACAAAUCCAAAAUGAGUGAGCUGGAGCAGCUUCGCCAGGAGGCCGAGCAGCUUAGGACCCAGAUAAGAGAUGCCAGGAAAGCAUGUGGGGAUUCAACCCUGACGCAGAUAACCGCUGGUCUGGAUCCCGUGGGGCGGAUUCAGAUGCGGACGAGACGCACCCUCCGUGGCCACCUCGCCAAGAUCUACGCCAUGCACUGGGGCUCAGACUCCAAGCUUCUGGUUAGCGCCUCUCAAGAUGGAAAACUGAUUGUCUGGGACAGCUACACCACGAACAAGAUACACGCCAUCCCGCUGCGCUCUUCCUGGGUGAUGACCUGCGCGUACGCACCCUCUGGGAACUACGUGGCCUGCGGCGGCCUCGACAACAUCUGCUCCAUCUACUGCUUGAAGACGCGCGAGGGCAACGUCCGCAUCAGCAGGGAGCUACCUGGCCACACAGGUUACCUGUCCUGUUGCCGUUUCAUCGAUGACAAUCAAAUCAUCACGAGUUCAGGAGACACCACAUGUGCACUGUGGGACAUUGAGACGUGUCAGCAGACCACGGUCUUCUCGGGCCACAGCGGCGACGUCAUGAGUCUGUCCUUGUCGCCCGACCUCCGCACCUUUGUGUCGGGAGCCUGCGACGCCUCGGUCAAACUGUGGGACAUCAGGGACAGCAUGUGCCGGCAGACCUUCACAGGCCACGAGUCGGACAUCAAUGCCAUCUGUUUCUUCCCCAAUGGUAGCGCCUUCGCCACGGGCUCCGACGACGCCACCUGCAGGCUGUUUGACCUGCGCGCGGACCAGGAGCUCAGCCUCUACUGUCACGACAACAUCAUCUGUGGCAUCACCUCCGUGGCUUUCUCACGCUCCGGCCGCCUGCUGCUGGCCGGCUACGAUGACUUCAACUGCAACAUCUGGGACGCCAUGAAGGGAGACAGAGCAGGAGUCCUGGCCGGCCAUGACAAUCGUGUGAGCUGUCUGGGUGUGAAUGAUGACGGCAUGGCGGUGUGCACCGGGUCCUGGGACAGCUUCCUAAAGAUCUGGAACUGAGAGCGGUGCACAUGAGCGGCGAACACACUGUCCGACGGACGGAGACCGCUGGGACACAGUUUGCACCCUGUAUUCACGCUGUAUGUAAGAUUCAACAUACAAACUGCAACGUUGUACUGUACAUAAUAUAUAUGACUUAGGUAUGAGUUUACACACACACACACACACACACACACUUUAUACACAAUACCUUAACACAUACCCACACAACCUAGAGCUGAUUUAAAGGGGGCAGUAAGCGAUUUUAAUCCAAUACACUUUUUGUAAAAUUCCGCGAAUAUUCCCUCACAAGACGCUAGCUGUCGGUUCUGUGUGCGCCGGAAAAAAAAGAAAUCUGUUUUUUGGGGGCUCAGCCCUGGCUCUGUACUGUGUGUGCAGUUUGAAAACAUCACUCCCCGACACCUUAGGACAAGUGCUAGCGACGUACGCCACGACUCAGGGGUUUGGGCCUCGUGGUUAGCGCGUCGGCCUCCCGUCCCCGAGGCUCCGGGUUCCAGCCCCAACCAGUGCAGUCAAAACAUCAACAACAAACAAUAUUUCUCCAAAAUGGCUUACUGCCCCUUGAAAUAAGCAGCAACAAGGCUACAGAACCACAUGCACACACACACGCGCACACACACACACACACACACACACACACACACACACACACACACACACAACCCCCCCCCCCAUUAAAACAGGUAACUUGUUUUAAUGUUGUGGCUGAUCAGAGUUUAUCAAAUCUGUAAAAUGUCAAAAUGUGACCAAAUAUAGUUGCAUCUUUAGCUGCUCAAAAAACAACAACAAAUGCCACAAAUAUCUGAAGCCUUUUAACAUUUAUGACUGACACACAAACACGCACACACACACACACACGUACGUUUCCUGAGAGACACUGCUCCUUGAGUUAUACAGGAGAAGAAGUAAUUGGACAAUUCCGUCUUUGUUUACAAUGAAGUCAAAAAUGAACUUCAGGCAAAAUUUUUCCGUGCUAUUUUUGUCGGUAAUGUGAAGGAAAAAAAAAAAAAAGGCGGUCGCGGAAGAGAAUCACGCGAGUCUGUUCACGCUGAAAGAAUUGAUACAUAAAUAAACGAACGACUGACUGACAGGAUGGGCCGACAUCAACAGAGUCCAAGAAAAAAAACACUAACUCUUAUUCUCAUCUGGCUCCAAACAUCAUGUAUUCACUGUUUUUUCUAGACAUGUACCCCCCCACAUACUGUACAUCUGUUCUCAAGUUUUAUUUUAUUUUCUAACACUUCUUCUAUUCAUGUUCUCCCCGUGUGCCUCAGAUACACUUAAAGGAUUAUUAAUAGAGAAUAUUGAUGCAGUUAAAUUAACUCAAGAAAAUCUGCAAUUCAGAAGCUGGGUGAAGAAAAAAUAAAUAAAAGCAGUAUAAGACACAUCUUAAUAAAGCAGGAGCCAUACUUUGACUUGGUCAAUGUGUUUAUCUGGACAUUAUUAUGGUAUAAUUGUACAUAAUAUUAAUAAAUGAUAGCUUCUCCUGCC